AUGUUUUAUGGCAGAAUAAACGGGCGUAACUUCGCCGCAUCCCCUCUCCUGGUCGCUAGCGCUGCCACGCAGCUGAUGCUGGAGUUUUUACCGAACCCACAGCCGAUUUGGAGUUUUCACAUUUCCAGCCGAAAACGCGUAGCGGGGCUGAUGCCUCCUGGUAAACUCAAGUUAGAGAAUUCCUGGCAUCUCUGCUUCAGGCUCGGGGACCAGUUCUACAAGGAGGCCAUUGAGCACUGCCGGAGUUAUAACUCGCGCCUGUGUGCAGAGCGCAGCGUGCGUCUCCCGUUCCUGGACUCGCAGACCGGGGUGGCCCAGAACAACUGCUACAUCUGGAUGGAGAAGAGGCACCGAGGCCCAGGCCUUGCCCCGGGCCAGCUGUACACGUACCCUGCCCGCUGCUGGCGUAAGAAGAGACGAUUGCACCCACCUGAGGAUCCGAAGCUGAGGCUGCUGGAAAUAAAACCUGAAGUGGAGUUGCCUCUGAAGAAAGAUGGGUUUACCUCAGAAAGCACCACCCUGGAAGCCUUGCUUCGUGGCGAGGGCAUCGAGAAGAAGGCGGACACCAGGGAGGAGGAAAACAUCCAGGAAAUACAGAGGGUUUUGGAAAAUGAUGAAAAUGUAGAAGAAGGAAAUGAAGAAGAGGAUUUAGAAGAAGAUAUUCCCAAGCGGAAGAAUCGGACCAGAGGACGGGCCCGCGGCUCUACAGGUGGCAGAAGGAGGCACGACGCCGCCUCUCAGGAAGACCACGACAAACCUUACGUCUGUGACAUCUGUGGCAAGCGCUAUAAAAACCGGCCGGGACUCAGCUACCACUACGCUCACACUCACCUGGCCAGCGAGGAGGGGGAUGAGGCCCAAGACCAGGAGACCCGGUCCCCACCCAACCACAGAAACGAGAACCACAGACCCCAGAAAGGACCGGAUGGGACAGUCAUUCCCAAUAACUACUGUGACUUCUGCUUGGGGGGUUCUAACAUGAACAAGAAGAGUGGGAGGCCGGAAGAGCUGGUGUCCUGUGCAGACUGUGGACGCUCUGCUCAUUUGGGAGGAGAAGGCAGGAAGGAGAAGGAGGCAGCGGCCGCAGCACGCACCACGGAGGACUUAUUCGGUUCCACGUCAGAAAGUGACACCUCAACUUUCCACGGCUUUGAUGAAGACGAUUUGGAAGAGCCUCGCUCCUGCCGAGGACGCCGCAGUGGCCGGGCUUCGCCCACAGCAGAUAAAAAGGGCAGUUGCUAA